CUCGUUGUCUCGUUACGAAAGCGGCUCGAGGACUGACAGCCUCUCCCUCCAUCCUCAGCUGAUGAAGCCGAUGCUGGUGAGGAGACAACGGAUCGGGGACCCGGACAGUCUCCGGUGAACCUUCAAACAUCCAAAGCGUCGAUCGGGACGGAUCAGUUUUUUUUUUCCGUGUUCGUGUCGGAUUGUAACGGGAGCGGCUGCUGCAGCGGAAAGAUGCUGUCAUGCACAGAGACGUCAUUGAUUUAAAAGGCAAAAACAUACAGCAGUGACAUCAACUGGGGAUCGUUUCUAUCACAGGAAUCACUGGGACAGAAAUACAACCCGGAUCGACCUGACGGCAAAUGUCUGCAGUGAAUCAUAGAGGAAGUGACAGUGUAACCCAUGACAGAGAUUCACUCACAUCCGCUCCGCCUGGAAAUCUUCACUGAAUUAACGCUGCUGAUCGCGUUGUCACGUUGACAUGUCAGCGUGAUCCGGAGACAUUUGUGUUUUUGAAUCAGGAUAACUAUAAUUAGUCUUUAUGAUCGAUUCAAGUUCUUCAAGCAGGGAAACAGUUCAUCCUAAAAAUCUCACUGUCUGCCAAGAAAUUAAUCACAUUUUAUUUUAUUAAGGCUUCUAAUUUGGUACACAGUAAUCCAAAGAAUGAUAUUUGUGUUAGAGGCAAAACUUCAGAUUUGAGAAGCUUUAAAUCAUUAUCUUCUUCAGAUGAAAUCUGAAACAUAAAUAUUUAAAAUCAGGACAGCGGUUCAAGACUUGACAUUGAAACAGGAAGGACGGGGGCUGGAGAGGGACAAAAACACAUUUAAGCAUCUUUGUACAAGACUUUUAAGAUAAAGAACUCUAAAAUGUGAUUUUAAUGUAUCCCAACUUUUUGAAUCAAUGCAGCUGUCUCACCUACUUCAUAAGAUUUGGAUGAACAAGGCUUUUUUCUGACACACCUAAAAAAACUUUUGGAUCACACCUGCACAAAGGUCCAGGGAAAAUUCAGCACUUUAAGGUUACUUUGAACAGUUGUGAUUUCCUACAAUCCAAAGACACCUUUCACAUGUGUAGAAAGAAACUGACUGGACUUUAAAGCGCUGCUGUAUUAUUUAUAGUCAGUCCACUGCUGCUGUGAUGCUGGACGUGGUGAAGAUGAAGGAGGCGUGCAGGAUCUGCGCCCGCGAGCUCUGCGGCAACCAGCGUCGAUGGAUUUUCCACCCAGCGGCCAAGCUCAACCUGCAGGUGCUGCUGUCCCACGCUCUGGGCCACGAGCUGACCCGGGACGGCCGUGGGGAGUUCGCCUGCUCCAAGUGUGCCUUCAUGCUGGAUCGCAUGUACCGCUUUGACACGGUCAUUGCCCGCGUGGAGGCCCUGUCACUGGAGCGCCUUCACAAGCUGCUGCUGGAGAAAGACCGGCUGAGGCAGUGUAUUGGAGGCCUGUACCGGAAGAACAACACAGAGGAUGGGAAUGUGGCUCCUCCUGGGUCUGUUGUGGGGGUCGUUGUGACCGAAGUGGGCUCUGAAGAUUCUCCUGUGGUGGAUCUGUCAGUCCUGCAGGAUGGAAGAUACUCAGAUAUGAUCCAGGAUGAUUUGACUUACUCAGUGUAUGAAUCCUGGGCUGAUAAAGAGGACUCUGCCCUGGACCAGCACACCCACCACCACCACCACCACCACCACCACCAGCACCACCACCUCCAGUGUCCAGGAACAGACUCUCUCCCUGGCCAGAAGCCGAGGCGGUGUAGGGGUUGUGCAGCGCUCCGUGUUGCUGAUUCUGACUAUGAGGCGGUGUGUAAGGUUCCUCGCAAGAUUGGGCGCAGGAGCACAUCCUGUGGCCCAUCUACCCGCUACUCAACAGCAACUCUGGGGGUUGAGGACCCCCCCAGAACCUCUGGAGAGUCUGAGGCAACAGCUGUCGUCUUUGAGUCCUCCUUAGCUGAGCUGGACUCUGAUAAGACCAUGUGUGACAGGACGAGUCCCAGCCCGGCGUCAUCUGUUGAGUCUCUUGACACCGCUGUGGACGUGAGCUGCCCUCCUGCAAACCACAAAGAAAGAGAGGAAACUGAACCACAGGAGGCUCCAGUGAGAAGGGACACUCCAUGGGACAAACAACUGAGUGAGAGCGCCCACUCUGGACUUGAGAUGACGCUGAGCCUUCUGAGGGGCUGCGAGUACCGGCCAGUGAAGCCCAACAGGGGCAGCAAGAUCCCAGUUCUGGUCAAAGCCAAACUGGAGCAAGGCCUGUCACUGUCCCUGCCCACACCACUGAGGUCACCCUGUGGAGGGGCAGCAGACUGUGAGCUGUACCCUCACCAGCCCAUACCGGAGGUCGUGACCCCAUGUCCCCAGCAGGAGCUGCAGGCGGAGCUGGCAGAGAUGGAGGAGCAGUGGAUGGAUGAUUAUGUUGAGUGCGGGCCGUUCCGCUUUCAGCAGAGGCUGAUUGAUGAGCAGCAGGGCCAGCUCAGUCAGUAUGAGAGUGCUGCUGGACAGUGUGUCAGUGAGCUGCAGAAGGCCCAGGACCAGGUCUGCUCGCUCCAGGCCAAGAUCAGAGAGAGCGAGACCAGGAACCAGAAGCUGCAGGAGCGUCUCGGUGACAUGGAGUUGGAGCUGCGUUCAGCCCAAGAGGAAGCCCAGCGGCAAGAGCGAAACAUCCAGAACAUCACAGAUACUGUGAACUCCAAGGAGGCAGAGGCUGCAGAUCUGUAUCGGGUGAUUGAUGAACAGAAUAAGAUGCUGUGUUCUCUCAAAGAGCUCGCCAACCGCAACCAGCUGCAGCAGCUGCAGGUGUCUGGUGCAGACAGCAUUCGAGGUCAGGGUGAGGUGCUGGCUCUGCAGGCGUCUCUCUUCCAGGCUCAGCUAGAGCUGAAGGCUGGUCAGCGGGCGCAGCGGCAGGCAAGCAGGACGCAGGAAGACUUGAAUCGAGCUCUGCAGAGGCUGGAGAAAGACCUGCAGGGGGCGCUGCAGCACAGGAGGGAGACAGAGAGACACAACCAGGAUCUGCAGCUGGCUCUGGAGAAGGCUCGAUCGGCCCUGCAGGACAGAGAGGAGCAGCUGAGAGAGGGAGAGCAAGAGAGACAGAGACAGGCCGAGGAGAGAGAGAGGACCAUCAGAGACCUGAAGACAUCGCUGCAGACCAAAGAGCAGCUGAUAGAGGACUACUGUGAGCUGUUGGAGGAUCCAAAGGAGAAGAAAGACUCUCUGCUUCAGAAACUCCGCCAGCGUAUCAAGGAGAGAGACAGAGCUCUGGAGCGUGCAGUGGACGACAAGUUCCGCAGCAUGGAGGAGAAAGAAGAGGAGACUCGUCGGCUCCAGCUGCUGCUCAGAGAGAAGGAGAGAGACCUGGAGAGGCAGCGCUGCGUCCUGGCCAACAACGAGGAGACCAUCUCUAGCCUGGAGGUGCUGGUGCGUGGUAAGGCUUUGGAGCUGGAGCAGGUGUGUGAUGCCUGGAGGAAUGUCCAGCGGCAGCAGCAGGAGAGCGAAGAGAGACAUAGCAGCGGUCUGAGAGAGAGAGACGGCAUCAUCACCCAGCUGCAGGCGGCACUGCACGCUCGCACGCAGGAGGCCCAGGAACUUCGUUGCACUCUACUGGCUCAGAUCCAAUCAGCUCCCAGGGACGUCCUGGAGGAGUUGAAGGUCCGCCUCCAACUCAAAGAUCGCCUCUUCCAGGAAGUGCUGGCCGACCGGACCCACCAGGCCCAGAACCACCAGGAGCAGAUCCAGGAUCUGCUCAGAACCAUCAGCUCCAGGGACCAGUACAUUCAGGACUCUGCUGGCCGGCUCAGUGAGGUGAUGACAGAGCAGACGGGGAGACUCCAAGAGCUCCGCAGACAGCUGAGCUCAGGUGUUGUAUCGAGGUCAGACUCUGGACCAGACUCUGCUGUGGAACUCCAGGCCCUGCAGGACGAGCUGCGCCUGGCUCUGAGAAGGGAGAAGGAGAGCCAGGAGCUGAGCAGGAGUCAGGCUAACAGAGUGGACUCCCUCACCAGGACUCUGUGUGUAAAGGAGGAGAUCAUCAGGGACUUCCAGAGGCAGAUGGUGGAGCCCUCCGGUCUCCCGCUGGUGGAGCGGUUGACCCAGGAGGUUCAGGAGCUUAGGGAGAGCCUGGUCCAGCGGGACGGUCCCCCAGCAAGAGGCCCCAUCCUGGGCCGGGACCGGCCCAACAGCAGGCAGCCCGAGUUUGGAGGACUGAGCUCAGAGGAUGAAGACGAGGCUGAUGAUGAUUUGAACAGCGAGUACACUGAGAGCAUUGAUGAAGAGGAGUCCAAACUGAGGGUCCAGUUUAUGGCCAACACCAAGGGUUCUGGAGGCACAGGAAAGCCUCCAUCCCAGGAUGUGUUGUUUGAAGGUCAGGGACUGAUGGAGGUCAAACAGCUGGUGGAGCAGAAGAGGGCGGUGGAGAGAGAGCUGGGAGAGCUGAAGGCUCAGCUGGAGAAGGCCGGCUUCUCCUCACUGUCACAGAUGAGGAAAGCUCUUUUCAGCCUGCAAGCAGAGAACAGAGAUUUAAAGCAUCAUCUGACUGAAGGGCUGCAGCCCGGCAGCACGAGCAGUAAUGAACAGAACGGUGAAGAGGAGGAGGAGGAGUUGGAUGUGACCAUAGAAGGGGUGGAGGAGGAUGAAGAGGAGGAGGAAAGCUCUGAGAUGUGGGACGCUUGGGAUGGAGAGCUGUCUCUGUCACAGACCAACAUCCAGACCGGUGGUGAGCAGAGAGUCAACAGACCUGAGUCACUGCACCUGCUCACCAACUCCUCACAGGAUGUUCUAGACAGUGAGCUGUCAGCCAGUCAGCAGCAGGGCGCCGUGUCCUCAGUGACGUGUGAGAAGACUGUUCGUCUGCAGCAGAAGAGCAAAGAGCUGCAGGAGAGGCUGAUGGUGUCUGAAGCUACAGUCCAGGCUCAGGCCGAGCAGCUCAAAGACUACAGGGAACUGCUCACAGAGACAGCCGUACAGCAGGACAGUAAGCAGAUCCAGGUGGACCUGCAGGACCUGGGCUAUGAGACCUGCGGCCGCAGUGAGAACGAGGCUGAGAGGGAGGACACCAGCAGCCCGGAGUUUGAUGACCUGGAGAUGUGCACAUCUCUGGACUGUGGGUCCCAGUGGUGGCCUGCCAACAGUAGCAGCAGCUCCGCCUUCACUAAAACCACCACCCAGAGCUCUGGUGAUGGAGACGAGAUGUCGUCUCUUCAGCGCCUCGUCGAGGACCUUCGCUCCCAGCUGUCCCGCUCUCAGGGAGUGAUCCGCGGGCUCCAGAGCCGGCUCCGCUCCCUCUCCACGUCCAGCGACUAUGGACCCUCCACACCUCGCAAGGUCAACUGGUCCUUCCAGGCUUCGCCUUCCCAGAGUGGGGCAGAGGACGACGAGGGUUGGCAGUCAUCCGAUGGAGGUCCUCUGGCUUCACCUCGUCACCCUCAUCCAGAUAAGGGCCUGCAGGAGCUGGUAUCCCGCGUGGACGCACUGGAGGACCAGCUGAGGAAAGGAGGCAAGAAGUCUGUCAGUGAGGACGUAAAGUCUGCCACCUGGCCAGGUAAAUUCGACACUCUGAUCCAGGCUCAGGCCAGAGAGCUGUCUCACCUCCGCCAGCGACUGAGGGAGGGUCGAGGCGUGUGCAACAUCCUCACCCAGCACCUGGGAGACACCACCAAGGCCUUCGAGGAGCUGCUGAGGGCCAACGACAUCGACUACUACAUGGGCCAGAGCUUCAGGGACCAGCUGGCUCAGAGCAGCGCUCUGGCACAGCGAGUCAGCGCAAAGAUCAGCGGACGAGAGCAUCCUGAAGAUCCAGAUGAGAAGACAGAGCUGCUCGCCAUACGACUUAGUAAGGAGCUGCAGCAGAAGGACAAGGUCAUCGAGUCUCUCCGCGCCAAACUAAACCAGCACCACCACCAUCAUCACCCUCAUCGCUCUGACACGCCCUGCAGCAGCCACGCCCUCUCUGACACCACAGACCAGUCGGAUCGCAUCUCCUAUGUGUCUGACGAGCAUGGAUCCACGAACGAUGAUCUGGAUCUUUGCUCUGACAUGGACGCUGCCAGCGAGCUCGGUCAGAAGGAAACUCGGUCUUCUACCAGAGUCAGCACAGAUUGCCACUCUCACAGUGGCACCAUGUCACAUCAUUCGUCUGUCCCUCCCUCCAUCACCUCAUCCCACAGAGCCCAGUCCUGCCUCAGCUGUCCCAGCAUGCAUUGCCCCAGCUCGCCACACAAACCCGCAGACAUGCAGAGUCAGACAGCUCCAGCCUCAGUCUUCACCUCUACCCCCUUCCACCCUCCCCCCACCUGCUCCUCCACCCAGAGGAUACCUAUGCCCUUCCAUCCCCACCCCACAACCCUGCGCACCCGUUACCAAGGCAACAGGGGAGUGGGGUUUUCCUUGGCUGAGGUGCAUCAAGAGCUGCAGAUGUUACAGAGGCAGCUGGGGGACAGUGAGAGGUUUUCCACUCCCCAGUCCAAACCACUUCAGGGUUUCCCAUUUACCCACCAGCAGCCCGACUCCUCUGCCUUCCUGCCUCUCUCCUACCAUGGAUACCAGCCUUCUCCUUUCAGCAGCGCUACCAGCAGCAGUCUGGAUGCCAGCUCAGCAAUGAAAGCUGGGGCCAGUCUGCUGGAGAGCAGUGCAUUGUGGGAUUUGAGCUAUGGUACCGGACCGGUGAGACUUGGAGCUGACCUGUCUUCAGGAUCCUCAGGGUACCAGUCAGGCACCAGCAACACAGGUUCUGACCUGAUGAAGGAGCACCUGAGGGAGAUCAGGAGUCUGAGACAGAGACUGGAGGACUCCAUCCAGACCAACGACCGCCUACGACAGCAACUGGAGGAGAGAUUGGCUCGCACCGUCACUGAGAAAGGUGCUCCCACCAACAUCUACAUCCAGGGUCUGGACUCUGUCAGCCAGCUCUCCAGUGAGAUCAGACUUCUAAAAGAGGAGAACAUCAGUCUGCAGAACCAGCUGAAGCAGGCCACAAGAAAGAGCAGCAAGGAGGCAGAGCAGUUGAAGAAAGCGGAGCUAGAGGCAGAGAGGUGGGCGGAGCAAAGCAGGAAGCUGCAAGCUGAGGCUGAUACACACAGUGAAGAGAUUGCACAACUGAAACAGGACAGACAGAAGAACCAGGAAGCCAUCAACAGACUCCAGCAUGAGGUAAGCGUUCUCCAGCAGCAGCUCUGUGAAAGCCGCAGCAUGGUCCACUCUCUUCAGUGUGAGCUGCAGGUGUACCACAGAGUGUGUGGAGUCAACACAAACACACGCACAGCAGGUCAGGCCAGUCAAGAUACCAAACUUGGACUCAGCACUGCGACCUUUGACCCCAGAGAGCUGCACAUUCAGCUGGAGCAGCAGCUGAGCGGACAGGCUGACACACAGCCUCGAUCCAGAAGACAGCUGUUCAACGAAAACGUUCCCUCGCCACCUGUGAGAGACACUGGACUCGUCAGUCCUUCUUCUCCUCUACAUCCUGCGCAGAAACAUGUAGCAGAAACUGGAGCAGCUGAUCAAGCAGCCUCGGCCCUGCAAGGUCAAGCCCCAGAUGGCUCAUUUGCCAACAGUCAUGGCCGCCAUGCAGUGGGCCACAUUAAUGACUUCAAGGCUCUGCAGCAGCAAAUUCUGGAGGGCAGCGCUCUCCUCAACAAGAUGGAUGCUACCCUUUAUUCCCUGAGCACCCCACAGGAGUUCAGCCUUCAUCAGCCUUCAGACUCAGGUUCUGUCAGGAAGCUGCUGUCUGACACUAAAACCCUGCGACAGAUCCUGGAGGAGGCCGACUCUCUGCUCCGCAUGUUCUGGAGAGCAGCUCUGCCAAGCCACCAGGAAACCAAACAGGAUGAGUCUCUGAGGGAGGAGGUCGCCUCUCUCCGUCUGAGACUCUCAGAACAAGAGCAGGCUCUAAAGGACGCCAUGGAGAGAGUGAAGAGCUCCAACCGCACCAAAGAUAGCAUGGAGCACUUUAUAGUCAACCAACUGUCCAGAACACGGGACGUGUUGAAGAAAGCAAAGACAAACUUACAGGAGAACGAGCUCAGGAUUUCCUCCCUUCGCCGUGCCUCUUCCUUCCACAUCUCCCCUUCUCCCUCUUCUUUCUCCCCCUCUUCCUCUUCCUCUUCCUCACAGCCCUGGCCUAGUAAAGGUGAAAACACAGGAGGCUUCUGUGAACUCGCCUUCUCUCCUGGUUGGAGUGUCUUGAAGACUUCCUCCAUCUCCUCCUCCUCCUCCUCUGCUGUCUUGGGCCCGGCUCAGCACCAGCGCCCCUUGCAAUCAGCCUUCCUGUAGUGCACCAGCCCCGAGUUCCUCAUCAUAAUCUCAUUGUUCAAACAGAAAAUGCUGGAAAUUCUGGCUCUCUAAUUGGUUGGAGAAACAUUUCAGUUGAGUCACACCUGUCUGAGUGUUGAUGUAUGUUUGGGUUGUUAGAUUAUUUCUGCUGGUUCAUGAUGGUUUAAGAAUGUGAAUGAUUGUUAUUGUUUUAUUAUUGGCAUAAUGUGUGUAGGUUCUGAGGGCUUUUGUUGAAGCUAUCAACUGAAAUGUUUUUUUCUCAAUUAUAUGAGACCAGUCUGUGUUUGGCUGAAGUUGGUUUGUGAGUUGUAGCUUGUCAUUAAGCCACGUUUCUCAUUUUCCCCAAAUUCAACAAAUAUGAAAACAGAGCUAAAGCAAUGUUUGGGCUCUCAGAGACAAUUUGGUACAGGUUUGAUGAGUCUCCAUGAAAAGUUUUUAGUGUAGACCUGGUCUUAUGUGAUCUAAGCACAUGAGAAAGAGUGAAAUUUUCUUGUUUUUCCUAAAUCCAAAUAUGAUAUCAUGUCUGUGUUUGACAAUCAUAACAAGCACAUAAGAGGAAAUAAUCUCCCUAAACAUGUGAAUGAUAUAGCUGCCAAUCAGAGGCCGACUUCAGCCCCAUACUUCAGCAGGGAUUCAAGAAACAAAAAUCCACGUGAUGCCAGCAGGAAAGGGGUUUGGAAAAAGCCAAAACCAAACUGCAAAGUGCUUCCUCUCAGCCUCCGUCGAGGCUCAUGUUUGUAGUUAGCGUGUAGAAUAGUUGCAUGUGGUUUGAGAAGCUCGUGGAAACAAAGCCAUACUCUCUGACGGUACAUUAGAUAUGUUUUUGUUUUGUCCUAAUUGUACAAAAAUUGUCAUAAAAAUGGCCAACUACUGAUAACAUAUGGAAAAUACUAUAGAACUACAAAUAGGUAGUUUUUUCAGAUAGCUCACAGAUAACACACCAGUUUAAGAAUUUUUGCUCAUUGUCCUCAAACUCCAGAGUAUUACUGUUAAAUAUGGAGUCAGUUCUCUUGAGAUGGUUAAAAAGAAGCUAUGGGUCCAACCCAGUUUUUCCUGCUGAAACACUAACCUGCAGUGUUGGAAGGCCUUCUGAUGAAGCUGCUGUGACGUGUAGCCUCUAGUAAACCAGUGUUCAUAAAAACAAGCACAUGAUACAGACUGCACUCAUCCAGCUGCUCAGCGGUUUGUGUGAUGCCUUCACUAACCUAUCUGAUAAGAUAAAAGAAAAUAAUUUUAUAGUGCACGGUCCAAGAGAGAUGACAUUUCAUUUUGUAAACAGAAAAAUGGACCACACUUUUUUCUUUCCUUUUUUAAAUAUAUAUACUUUAGGUGUUUUUCUUUUUUUUUCCUUUUUCUUUUUUGCUAAAUUUAUGAAUGUCUUUACGUUUUAAUUUCCCUCAAGAUGACAAUCACAUCUGUAGAGAAACAUCUGUAUGUAAGAUAUCUUCAAAUCUUCUGCAGGAUAUGCGACGCUCACUGUGCAAAUGAACUUUUUAGAAAUUGGGUGUUUUACACUGGCUUAUCCAAAUUUUAUUUCUUUAUUUUAGUUUUUCUUGAUUUGUCUGUGUAGUAGGUUAGCUAUUUUUUUGUGCAUGAACUGGGGCUUCACUGCCCUCUGAUACUUUUACUGAAAUAUGCAAUUUUUGGGUUACUGUGCAAUAAUAGCCUUCGUGGUUGCUUUUUGUUGAUGUUUUAGGCCUGGAUAUUAAAGUGCCAUGUCAUUUGUUUGGCUCUGAAGCUGAAUUGAUUUAAACAAACUUACAUUUGGAUGAAUAUGUCCAGAUUUGUGACAAUCAGUUUGAAACUGUUAUAAUGGCCCACUCAUUUUUGGCUUAACAUGAGUCAAUUUUAUAUUCAGUGUGGGGAAAAGGCAAAGUUACAGCAUUAAAGAGCACUGUAAUGAUAUAUAUAAAAAAAGCAAUAACAUCGACCAAAGUGAACAACGUGUAUGUUGUCAAAUCAGGUGUAAAACAAUCAAGUUUAGAGAUUUUUUUUGUGUCAGUCCCCACAGGUCAAAGGUCAAACUUACUGUAGUGUCUUUCUCAGUGUCUGUGUGGUUUUAGAAACCACAUCUCAUGUAUGUACAUAUUAAAGGGAGUGUGUACAUUGAUGCAAGUAGUUUUGUUGCUGUUGGACAAAGACCAGCUGUAUUUCUAUGCAUGUUCUCUUUAUUUAAAAUGUUUUGGGGUAAAAGAAAAGAACCUUUUUAAUAAAAAAGGGUACAAAACAA